ACUACUACUACCACCCAAAAUCCUAACGGAGACCGCCCCCGCUACCACCAAACCCUAGCCGCCGUGCCUGCCGGAGAUGGACCAACCCACGCCGCCCCCGCGCCGCCCGCUCUUCGACCUCAACAUCGCCAUGGACGAGUUCGGGGAGGAGGAGGAGGAGGAGCCCCAUGAGGUGCUCGAGGAAGAAGUACUAGUCGAGGAGGAGCAAGUGCUAGUCGAGGAGGAGGAGGAGGAGGAGGAUCCCCAGGAGAUGAUCAUGGAGGAGGACGAGGAAGACGCCAUCGUCGAGAAGGAGGUCGUCGAGGUGGCGGGGGGAGGAGGGGAGGACGAGGGGAGGCGGAAGAGGAGCAAGGAGUACGAGGUCUUCGUCUUCGGCCUCCCGCGGGAGGCCACGGAGGACCAGGUCGCGGGGGCGCUCGCCGAGGCUGGCGAGGUCGACCAGGUGCGCCUCGUCCGGGAUCCCGCUGACCCGAGACACAACAAGGGCUUCGCCUUCGUGCGCUUCAGAGAGGUCUGGCAGGCGAGGUGGGCCGCCAACGACCUACGCACCGCCAUGAUAAAGGGAAAAACUUGUGGAAUAUGCAAGAACAAUGAUAAUGAGACCCUUCAUCUGAGAAAUAUCUGCUUCGAUUGGUCAAAAGAUGACUUAGCUGAGAAGCUGAAAACUUUUGAGUUGGAAAACCUCGAAGAUAUCAAUUUAAUUGAGAAUCCGGAUAGAAGGGGGAAAAAUAGGGGCUAUGCAUUUCUAGACUUCAGCUCACAUGUGGAUGCGGUGGCUGGAUUUCUUAAAUUACAGAAGAAAGAUUUGUAUCUUGGUACUGAUGUUAGAGCGCAGAUAUCAUUUUCAAACACAAUUUCACAAGAUGAUAAGAUUAUGGAAAAGGUAAAGUCUGUUUUCUUGGAUGGCUUACCACCUCAUUGGGAUGAAGACGACGUGAGGGAAAAGUUUGGAAAGUUUGGUGAAAUUGAUAGUAUACAACUUGCUAGAAAUAUGUUUACGGCAAAACGUAAAGAUUUUGGUUUCAUCAGCUUUACUACAAGACAAGCGGCUUUAGAUUGCAUUGAUAUGGUCAAUAAAGGUCGUUUUGGUGAAGGUAGCGCAAAGGUUCGUAUGAAGGCUACCUUACAAAGACCAAAACCUACUUUCAAAAAGCAUUCAUGGCAAGGUGAUAGUCACAUGUUGGGCGUCAGAAGAGGAUUUAUUGGCAAAAAUUAUGGUGAUAGAGAGCCCCACCCGAACAGAUUCAGGCAUUUUAGUCCUGAAAGGCGUGCUUAUUCAAAUAAUCAUGCUCAUAGCAACUACCGUCACCAACCUAUGGUUGGCAGGUUGCCUCCUAUGGCAGUUCAUGAUGGAGAAAGACCUGUUUCAGUGCGAGAAUACAGGUCUUACUACAGAAGAGAUUCUACAGUACCUGACCCCGGCCAUAAAUAUGGGAGGAUGCACCCGGGAACCAGAACCCGGGAUGGUUAUGUUGAGAGUCGGUAUGCUCAUAAAUAUCCAAAACAUAAGCAUGCAGCAUAUGAAGCAUCCAUGCAAGGAGAUGAAUACAGCAGGAGUAAAUAUAGACAUUCUUACGUGGAGAGGACACAUAGCGAAACUUGCCCAGAAUGCAUUCGAGGUGAUCAUAACUCCAGUGCUUAUCAGAAUGGCCAUUACUCCAGCGGUGACAAAGCUGGUAACCGCUAUCAGAGUCAGAAUGGUGAAGAAUUUUCUGCAACCAGUGGAUCUGAGAAGGCCUACUAUAAGACAGACCAUGAGCUCGCGCCUUCAACUUCCCAAGUAGCAUCUCAGCGCAAGGAACCCUAUCGCGAGGUGGAACCUGAGUUGUUGCCUUCAAGUCCUCCUGCUAUGUGUGAUUGUAAUGAAUGCUACAAGGAGCAAAAGUCAGCAGCCCCUUCAAGCUCUCAAAGUGAGAUAGCUAGAACUCAUUUAAAUCCUCAAGUUCCUCCCCAUCGCCGGAUUGCUAAACCUUUUCAUGACCAGCGGAGCUUUGUUCCUGAUGAGUAUGAUGAGGUGGAGUACACAAUCAGGGAACGCAGAGGCCGAUAUUUAUCUUCAAGAGAUGAGUCUAGUACCCACCCCAGGAAAUAUCCUAGGCAAGGACGAUGAGUCUCCAAAGCUGUCACAUGAUAGAAGAGCUCCUAUAGUUCGCCUCUGUUAUAGGAUUUUAUUUACAUUGCAUUAAGUUGCGAUCUACCCGUGUGAAUUGUAGAUGUCUCUUUGAUGCGGAAUCGCACCGAAGGACAGAAGUAUGGCAUUCUGAGUUAUGACAGAUGUAACUCCCCAACAUCACAUUUUUUUGGCCUCUUGUUUCCAUCAUCAUAUAGGGGCGAUGCUCUGAUGCACACCAAAUAGAAAACAGUUGUUUUA